AUGGCGGUGUGCGCGCGGCUGUGCGGGGUGGGGCCGGCGCGGGGCUGCCGGCGGCGCGAGGCGCAGGGGGCGCAGCGGCAGGAAGGACCGGCCGACAGCGAGCCCGACACGGAUGCCGAGGAGGAGCGGAUCGAGGGAGCCCGGCUGGGACAAGAGGAGGCUCCGGGCCCCGCCGCGGCCGCCCAGGCCCCGCUCUCCCUGCUGGAGCUGCCCCCCGAGCUCCUGGUGCAGAUCUUCGGCUUCCUGCCCGGCACUGACCUGCCCAGCCUGGCCCAGGUCUGCAGCACCUUCCGCCACAUCCUCCGCACCGACACCAUCUGGCGGCGGCGCUGCCGGGAAGAGUAUGGUGUCUGUGAGAACUUACGGAAACUGGAGAUCACUGGAGUGUCCUGUCGAGAUGUCUAUGCCAAACGUAUAAAUCCACGAGUGAAGUCAGGGCGUUUUAUGAAAAUCCUUCCCGACUACGAACACAUGGAGUACAGAGAUGUUUACACCUGCCUGCUUCACCGAUACCGACACAUCUUGGGACUGUGGCAGCCAGACAUUGGGCCAUACGGGGGACUGCUGAACGUGGUGGUAGAUGGCUUCUUUAUCAUUGGCUGGAUGUACUUGCCACCUCAUGACCCUCAUGUGGAUGACCCAAUGAGGUUCAAGCCCCUUUUCCGGAUUCACUUAAUGGAGAGGAAAAGUGCGACUGUUGAGUGUAUGUAUGGCCACAAGGGGCCCCACAAUGGCCAUAUCCAGAUCGUAAAGAAGGACGAAUUCUCCACAAAGUGCAACCAGACAGAUCACCAUCGAAUGUCAGGAGGAAGGCAGGAGGAAUUCCGGACGUGGCUGCGGGAAGAAUGGGGCCGGACUUUGGAGGAUAUCUUCCAUGAGCACAUGCAAGAGCUCAUCUUGAUGAAAUUCAUCUACACCAGCCAAUAUGACAACUGCUUGACGUACCGACGCAUCUACCUCCCUCCUAGCAAUGCUGAUGACCUCUUAAAGCCAGGUCUCUUUAAGGGAACUUACGGGAGCCACGGCCUGGAGAUUGUCAUGCUGAGUUUUCAUGGGAAGAAAGCCAAAGGGACUAAAAUAACUGGAGAUCCCAAUAUCCCAGCUGGCCAGCAGACAGUGGAGAUCGACCUGGCGCACCCCAUCCAGCUCCCUGACAUCGAGAACCUGUGCAACUUCAAUGAGCUCUCCCGCAUUGUCCUGGAGGUGCAGGAGCAGGUGCGCCGGGAGCAGCAAGAGGAGGAGGAAGGGCAGGACAAAGAGGAGGGCCGCUCCCGACAGGGCGAUUCGCAGCAAGUGGAGCAGCCUGUGCAGAGGGACGAUGCUGAGGCUGAGGGGACUGAGGCUGCAGGGGUAGCAGCAACUCAGGAGUCGGCGCUGACCUUGCAGCCUUUUGUGCUGCCCGUGGGAGUCAUAUCAAGGAACAAGGAUUAUCCCCGGACCUGCCGGAUGUGUUUUUAUGGCACGGGGCUCAUUGCCGGACACGGCUUCACCAGCCCUGAGCGAACGCCGGGCAUCUUCAUUCUCUUCGAUGAUGAUCGUUUCGGGUUCAUCUGGCUGGAGCUGAAAUCCUUCAGCCUCUACAGCCGGAUCAAGGUCUCUUUCCAGAAUGCCGAGGCGCCGUCCCGAGAGGCCUUUGAUGAAAUGCUCAAAAACAUUCAGUUGAUGACGACUUGACAGGCGGUCCCUUGUGGACAGAGAGGGGAUUGCGAAGAAGGUUUCUGCUCUCUCCUGCCAAGGACAGAACCCCUGCCUGUGGUACCUCUGAACAAAAGCAUGCACUUUUCAGUAAGGCCUUUUUGCCAAAAUCUACACAUCCCUGUUAGAAUAUAAACAGAAUCCCCACGCUGCUCCCUGGCAGUACUUUCUAUAUAGUCUGCGACACCAGUCUGCAUAGUGGGAGGGAACCUACACAGGAGGGAAAUGAGCAUUUUUAAAAGAAUGUAUCAGAGCAAAAUUCCUUAGAGGCCAACAUUGAGGAACAGCUAAAUAAUCUAUAUAGAAGAUAUAAUAUAUACGUGCUCUCUGCUCUAGCCAUUGGCAGAUCCCUGCAGAAGGCAAACCCUUCAGCGAAGUGUCAGGUUCAAUCUUUCCUGCAACCGGCCCAAUCUAAUAAUUUGAAGACUUGAUCACCCCCAAAAACCCAACAUCCCCACCUGCCAGUUUACUGCGUGGCUCAAAAGUGACUAAUUGUGUUUUGCCCCCCUCCAAGGCUCUUCCUCAUAAUGCAGCCUUGAUGGAAAAACAGACUCGAGGUAGCUCUGCCCUUGAUUUGGGAAUCAAAGUGGGAUUCAACAGUAAGAGAGGGGAUUUCCACUGCAAACAGCUCCACUGGUACUCUCAUGCUGUCUCCCAAAGCUCACUGCCCCCAUGACCCUCUUGGACUGUAGUCUGAAUCUGACUAGAAGCCAAGCGGGAAUCAUAGCUACCUUUAUAGGGACCAGUAUGGAACUCCAGACAAAACCAGUUCAGAUUGGAGGAGAAACUUCUGCAGUUUUAGCUCGUUUUAAAUGGAUCUUUUAAAAGACUUUUUUGAAGUUCUCAUUUUAAAGAAUUAAAAAUCCUAAAUAUGGUAAACUACUGACCUUCACACUUGCUGGAUGACAGCCGCUGUGAAAUGUAAUUUCUGACUAGGCUAGUGCCUAUGAUGUGGUAUUUCCCCCUGUGCAGCGUAAAGGAAGCUGUUGUUCAUUCUGAUGCCUCUCAAUGGCUUUUCUGACACUUCCCAGGGAACAUUUUGUUUAUUUUUCAGUGGCCUCUGUAGACAUCUGUCUCUGGCUUCCGCAUCUCUGUACUGCAGGGUUCUUGUAUUCUUUCCCCUACCUAAUACGGAUUUCUCUUCUAGUGACACCAUCUCAGAAAGCUUUUGCACUGAAUUUCCCUUAGCUACUCUUAACAUAGCUAUCUGAGCGCUAUUGGAAGGUGCAGGUAGGUGGGAAGAAGUCCAGAAUUCCAACCAUCAUCAUCUAUCUGGCAGAGUUCUGCUUCAAAAGCAAAGGAGCUGCUUGCCUCAGAAACCCGGUAGGUGACUGUAGGUCAGGCAGUAGCUAACUGUGCGGCAGAAGGAUUAUGGUUCGGGCUCUAUGUCUGUUAUCCACCGUAUCACAAGUUUUCCAGACACUUUUGUUCUCAUUAGUCUUGAGUAGGAAGAGACGCAGGAAUCCCCAGCUGAAUGAAGAAGGAGUCAAGGUGUAACGUAUCAAGGGAACUGCCUUCCUUUUCCAGUUUCCUCCAUCUCUUUGACCUGAGUCUGGGAUCAGGGGCUGGGAGAACCGCAGCCAUGAGGCAGCUAAUGGAUAGCUCUGGGCCUUUCUAACAUCUCUCCUGCUAUUUAUCACUUGUUAGCUAUUAUAGAAGCAAUUUCCCAACAGUUUCUUUUGGGGGCAGAUGGUGGGGGUUGAGGGGUGGAGGAAAGGCUUGACUCCAAGUGAAGUCUGCUUUCUUUGUCCUAAUCCCUUUUGGAGAAGAGGAAGACUGUUAAAGAUUGCAUCUUUCAACUCCCAUGAGGGCACCUCCAUUGGUGGGACGACACCUUGUCUCGCAAGUUCUCCCUCUUUCCACCUUUGACAGUGGAGUGGGAUGAUUUUGUGCUGCUUUCGAGGGAAAGGCUCACUUCUUGGCUGAUUUCACUGAUAACAGGAAACUAAUUCCCUCCUAUUGCAGUUUUGUUGCUGCUGCUCCGACUUCAGCCUUCAUGUCAUUCCCUUCCUGAGCUGCAUGUGAACAGUGUCCCUCAGUGCCUCAGAGCAGCAGGUUGUGUCACUCACAGGACUAAUCCCUAUCAUAUCAAGUUGCAUGAAUCUGUAUGGAUCAGAAAGCAAUUCUGGGAACUUCUUCCCUUCCUACCCAAUCAUCCCUAACGUGAACCAUACCAAGGUAUACAUCAGAGUGAGAGGGCCUCUGGAAUGUUAGUAGUGUUCAUUUGAGCCUGCCUCGAUUGUGUAGCUUAUCCAAUGUAGCUCUUUACAUGGGUGAGGGGCUAUGCCUCUUCCUAUCCCAGCAGGAGGGAGAAUUUGCUUUCUUCUCACAGCAUUGCUAAGGCUGUGGAAUGCUGGCAGGGUAUUUAUUUCUCUGGUCACUGGUCCGUGGGCACAGGCUAAAACCAGCUUCUCAACCUUAGCUCUUAAAUUUCCUUUUUGCCAUUCACACCAGACGCUCAGAGCUGCACCUGUGCAAAUGCACAAGCAAAAAGGAGCACUGGCUAUUGCAGGUGCAAUUGUGCAGGCUAAUUAGGUGUCCUGUGGGUGUGAGUUGCCUGGUGGGCAUGUGAGCAGCCAGUUUCAGGUCUAAUUUCUAAGGCAAAAAUGUGUCCAUAACUGCCCUAAUUUACAUAUGCAAAUCAAAAAUCUGGCCUUUAAAGUUUUGACAGACUCUCCUAAAUUGUUUCUACAGUAGCACUUAAAAAUGAACCUGCAUUUAAAACAAUAUGGACACUUGACUUGAGAGACUCAUGACUCCAGUGGUGUUGUUCCAUCAAUCAUGUAAAUACAAACAUAGACCCUUACAUUGACUUGGUAGCUGAUCUCAGAGUAGAACAAAUCUCUCAUGCAUUCUUACCCAGAUGGGGGAAUGUGUGAAGAUAACAUGUACACUAAGAUUUAUUAAAAUAAUGUUAUGGGUUGUGAUUACCGUUUAGACUGCCCUGUAUUUCUGAGUCUGGCUGCGGAGUGGGGUGGUGGAGUAACCCUGCGUUUGUUACCUGUGGCCCUCAGACAUCAUGCAGUGGAAGACGGGGGGGGGCUUUUCACAAAUAUAGUCUCAAUGCUUGUGUUUGAGUGCUUUUCUUAGGCUGUCAGCACCUGCCCAGCAGUGUCUGAUCUCCAGACUGGUGCAAUGCCCCCACUUGGAGCGUGUCUCUCCAUAAUAUUUUAAUGGCAGCUUUCAAGUUCUUCCGUGGAUGCCCUUUGAACUCUAGAUGUGCUUGGCAGGAUGGUUAGCUCCUCACCCAGUGAGAAGGCUGUGCAGAGAUCUGCAUAUGCCGCAGCUGCUUUUCAGAGACUUUCAGAAGCUCCUCUCAUUUAUAGGAUGCCCGACUAACUUCAGUGUCAGAAUGUACCAGGCUGAACUGCUGGUACAUCGUGGUUUUUAUUCUUUUGCUGGAGAAUAGACAGUGACUGGAAUCUGGGCUAAUGCCAAAAAAAGGCCUUCAGGCUUGUGACAUUUCAGAAGCGAAUUCCUUUCGUCUGGCCCUGUGUGAAUGGAAAGUUGGCAGAGGUCUGAAGCCAUGGAAACUGGUACUUCACCUCUGGGGAGCAGUGGCCUUCCACGCUCCAGUAUGUAUAGGGGCCUUUGGAUCAAGGUGUAUCCAUGUUUUGCAGGGGAAGGUAGAAUAAAGAAAAGCUGCUGUGAAGAGUUUGACCCAACAGCUUUCAGAGUCAGGCUGCAGAAGGGCAGAGCGAGAGAGAGGAGUGGCACUUAGCAGGUGUAAGCUAUACGAAAAAGAAAAACGUCAGGUUCAGCGGUGCAGUCUCAUUGGUGGAGUGGUAAUUUUAAGCAGUGUCUUGACAGCGUGCACAAGUAAUAGUGUCCGAGGUCUAGUCUGACUGUACUAAUUCAUGCAGGCUGUGACAUGCACUGGAGAGUGAGAUUUUAUAUCAUGUGCCCUGCUAGCCUCCUGAGCCCUACUGGCAACGUAGCCUUUGACAAAUCAAGAUAUUUUUUCCCUGGAGAAUGCCACUUACUGCAAAAGGGGCCCAGCAAGACCCUCUGCUUGUGUGAAAGCUGAGUGUGGGAAGCUACCACAGAACAAGGCUGUUGCACCUGGCAGCCUAAGUUUCUCUAGUGAGAGCUUUAUGCAGCGGGAUUCCCUUGCCAACUUUCAGUGGAGGCAGGUGACACCUGGGUUGGCAAAACUGAUGUGUGACCGCUGGCGUAGUCACAAGUAAAUGGACUUUACCCCCCUUCUUGUUUGGGAAAUAUGGAGUUUAGGUUAUUUACCCACUUUUUUUACCGUACGCCACUGUGUGUAACGAUGCAUCCAGCGCCAAUUACAGCAGUUUGUAGUGCUGAUGCAUUUGAGGAUAGACAUCAAUACAGAGUUACUGUAGCGCUCUUCAGAAUGAGCCCUCCCUUUUAAUGUACACUUCCGGUCUGCCCAAAAGUGAAUGCCACUGAUGGCUGAGUGAUGGAGGUGUUUGUAUCACUGUGAAAUCUUAAAGCUGCGGAUAGGGUUGAUCCCUGACAACAGUUUUUACAACAAUAGGAAAACAGCAUCACUCCUGGUGGGGGAAGCUUCUUGCUAGGGAUCAUCUCCUUGGUGUUACAGUGCCUGCAUCAUAGCAAAGCAGCGGGACUGAAAUGAUGAUGCUUGCGCAGACCCAUCACUUGCAGAUGGAGUAUGGUCUGUUGUGUCCCUGAAUACUGGGGUGUGAAACCCCUAUUUAAAAGUAUUUAAAUCAUGGCAUAACCGCUCUGUACUGUAGGUCAGCUUGAAAAACUUACUGGUCUCUCCACCUGACCUGAUCACUGGGAGGUGGGGAAAUAGAUAGUCUUAUUCCAAGCUCUCCUCCUGUUCAGUAGACCCCUUGCUUUUAGUUCAAAUCAAGGUGAUCUUUCACCCAGCAUUAACAGGACUUUGCACCAGUCUAGUUCCUCCAAGCCAAUGAUCUCCAAGCAUUUUAUCGAAAGCCGUUACAAGCCCUCUGUGCUCAGGGGAACCGAUCCAAAGCCCAUUGGAGUUGAUGAAAAGACUCCCAUGGACUUCGGUGGGUUUUGGCUUAUGCACAGAAUGCUUGCAGGAUUGAGCCCUCUCUGAGUGGCUCCAAAUGCCUCCGCUAAUCCUCUGCUUCACCUGCGGGGAGCUUGUAUAAAAGCAGGGUCGGCUGUUGUGGCUGGUAGCACGGGAGACCUUCUCAAGGUUGUCUGAAUCUGCAGUGGGGGAAGUGAGCGUGUUCCAUGUUUGUACAGUGCCCAGCAUAGUGGGGUCCUGCUCCAUGACUGGGACUCCUAGAUACUGUGAUAAUCCCAAUAACCAUCUGUGCUACAGAGGCAUAGUGAAAGCUGGAGUGUGGAAGUGUGUGGUUGUGGGAAGGGGUUUUGUCUAAAUAGCAAUGAUGUGUAGCAUAAGUCCAUUUCAAGUGUGUGGAAUCCUGUCCCUUGACAUUGGGAGGUUGAUGGGCCCCUUUUAUGGGUUAGUUGAAGAAUUGUCAUUGGGCAGGAGGUGGUACCAUGUUUCCAGGCUCUUGUGUUCCUCUGGGGUGAAGGCGCUUGUCUUUUGGAGGAGCAAUUACCAGGGAGAGGUCUGCGUGUCUGAGCUGGCCCAAGAUGAGGAGCCUUGUGGUGGAGUUUGCAUCUUCUAGGGUACGACAGUUCCCACCUCUUUGGGGGCAUCUCUGUUUCCCAGUGUUCAUGCACUGUCCUACGAGUGGUGCUUGCACGGCAACACCUGUUAGGAGGAUGAGCCUUGGUCUACACUAGAGGAGGGAUCGAUCUAAGUUACGCAACUAAGCCGCUUGAAUAACGUAGCUGAAGUUGA